AUGGCGGGUGAGCAGUAUGAGAGCUGCACGGAGGGCAGCAGCGUGCCCGCACCCGUGCCCGAGCACGUCUACAAGGUCGGCAUCUACGGCUGGCGGAAGCGCUGCCUCUACCUGUUUGUCCUCCUGCUCGUCAUCAUCCUGGUGGUCAACCUGGCCCUCACCAUUUGGAUCUUCAGGGUCAUGUGGUUCAACUCGGAAGGAAUGGGCCUCCUGCAAGUCGACUCAAGUGGCGUGAAGUUGGACAAGGGUGAAUCCGACUUCCUGUUGCCCCUCUACGCCGAGGAGAUCCACUCCCGAGAUGACUCUCCACUACUUGUACAUUCAGAUACGGAAAACGUGUACCUCAAUGCCCGUGAUGAAAAUGGCGAUGUCACAGGGAGGAUGUCUGUGGGUCCACGACAGGCUGAAGGAUACACCCCAAACCUGCUCCUCACCUCCUCCUCCGGUGAAAUGCUGUUUUCUGCAGAUGGCAAACAGGCUGCGAUUGGACCAGACAAACUGCGCAUCACAGGUCCCGAAGGAGCACUGUUCCAACAUUCAGUGGAGGUUCCUCUUCUCAAGUCGGAGCUCUUCAAAGACCUCAAGUUGGAGUCUCCCACUCGUUCGCUCACUAUGGAUGCUCCAAAAGGAGUUCAUUUAAAAGCCUUGGCUGGAAACAUUGAAGCAGCUUCCAAUAUGGAUGUCAUUCUGCAGUCCAGCGUGGGACUGUUGGUGCUGGAUGCCGAGACAGUCCGCAUGGUCAAUCUGCCCCAGAGCCAAGGAGGAGUUUCCGGAAAUGCCGAUGGCCUCUUUGAGGUGUGCGUGUGUCCCAGUGGAAAGCUCUUUCUGUCCAAGGCUGGGGUCACCUCCACUUGCAGUGAUAACCAGGAGUGCUAAAAUAUGUGUGUGUGUGUGUUUCUGUGUGUGUGUGUGUGUGUGGUUGUGUUUGUUUCCUACAGGCUACAAUCACAAAUGUUUUUUUGUUUGUUGUUUUUUUUUUUUAACACUUGAAGUUUGUGUGGAUCACAUCGCUAUAAGAUCCCCCACCAGGAGGGGGAAUUGUGUUUGCUCGAAGGAUGUGCUAGAUUUACGCACACGCACAAGCACACACGCGCACACACGCGUGUGAAUCAUGGCUGGGCAAUGAGGAGCUGCUUUGCAGCUUACAUUUUAUGCAAUAUAAUCUUGUGGUGCAAUACAAAGUGACACAUAGGGCUUGGAGUGUU